ACCUUCAUUUACACAAUCAGUUCACAUUGAAAUGGAUCUUUGGCUGAGUGCAAUUGUGAUCUUAUUUGUAUUUUGUCUUGAGCAAAUUUCUGGAAUUAAUGGAAAAUUUCCAAACAUAGUGCUUAUCCUCACCGACGACCAAGAUGUAACAUUAAAUGGCCUAUUGCCCAUGCAGAAUGUGAAGAAUUUAAUUGGUUUAAUGGGAGCCACAUUUGAAAAUGCAUUUACAACAUCACCCUUAUGUUGUCCUUCACGGGCCAGUCUGCUUUCCGGCAGAUAUCAACAUAAUCAUCGUACUUGGAACAAUUCCUUGGAGGGUGGCUGUAAUGGUUUACAUUGGCAUUCGCAAAUAGAAAUGAAAACAUUGGCCCCUACUUUAAAAUCGGCUGGCUAUACGAAUUUCUUUGCUGGCAAAUAUCUUAAUCAAUACCAGGGGGCAGAAGUUCCUGCAGGUUGGCAAGAAUUCUAUGGACUUCAUGGCAAUUCUCGGUACUACAACUAUACACUGCGUGAGAAUUCUAGGAAUGUGAGUUACAGCAAUGUAUAUUUAACUGAUUUGCUGCGUACAAAAGUGUUGAGUUUUCUUAACUCCCAUAGAAAACAAUCACCAUUCUUUGCCAUGGUAGCACCACCAGCUCCCCAUGCUCCCUAUACGCCGGCCAAACGGCAUCGUAAUGCUUUUCAAGGUGUCCACGCUUUACGUACUCCCAAUUUUAAUAUUAUAGACAAAGAUAAACAUUGGUUGGUAUCUAAUGGAAAGUUAAUACCCAAUGAUACGUUGCAUUUAAUGGAUACAUAUUUUCAAAAACGUUGGGAAUCAUUAUUGGCUGUAGAUGAUCUAGUAGCCGACAUAGUGCAUACAUUAGAGAGUAAAGGUCAACUGGAAAAUACUUAUAUUAUAUAUACCUCCGAUAAUGGUUAUCACAUGGGUCAAUUUGCACAACCUUUCGACAAACGUCAACCUUAUGAAACGGACGUUAGAGUGCCAUUGCUUAUUAGAGGUCCUAAUAUAAAGCCGGAUAUAAAAAUAACUGCAGCCACAGCCCUAAUCGAUAUAUUCCCCACCAUUUUGGAAUGGUUGGCAUUGCCUUCAAAUCCCGAAAUCGAUGGCCAGUCCAUUAAUGCCUUUUUAGCUAAUGCCCCCGAAUAUGAUGCUAGUUUAGAUCGGCUUUAUAGGCGUAGUCUAUUGGUGCAACAUUUUGGCGAGGGUAAUUUAAAUACCUACAAACCAGAGUGUCCUUGGUCUAGGACGGAUCUUUUGGCAGAAUGUACUGUGGAGGCAGAUUGUCAUUGUCAAGAUGCCUGGAAUAAUACCUACUCCUGUAUACGACAUUUUAGUUAUCACACAAAUCGUUUGUAUUGCGAAUUCAACGACAAUGAGGACUUUGUGGAGGCUUAUGAAGUUGACAAUGAUCCCCAUCAAAUGCAGAACAUGGUGAGAGACAUGUUGCCUAUAGAAAGGGCUCUAUAUAGUCUGGCCCUAGUCAAUUUGACAAAAUGUAUAGGCUCCUCUUCAUGCAGUGACGUGAUUUUGUAAAUACCUCGUAAAUACAUUCAGCCCAAUCAUGAACAAAAAAUCCGUGGGAGUUUUUUCCAUUUUCCUAUUCAAAUUUAGUGUUAAAAAUGGAAAAAAAAACUGCCGAAUAUUUGUUUAUGAUUGGGCUGAUUGAAAUCAAUAAAUUAAAACUCUAUACAUA